AUGCUGGCGAGCGAUGACACACGAUAUAAACUUGCUAACGCUACCUAUGGCUUUAACGAUACUAACUUGUUCGACGACAGCAGGCUGUUAAUUCUUCUUAAACAAAAGGAAAACAAUCACACUCCCAGUAUCGGUGAUUGGCUGAAAACAUUAGAAGAUUUGAGAAAUAAAUUCAAUAUAUCCAUUAUAAAAGAGUGCGACGGCUUAGAUUAUUGCUCAGGGGACUUCAGAAAUUUCAUCUUAACGUACAAUAAUGUUCAUGGAUACAUUAGUCUAUUGAUUUGUCUUUUCGGUAGUUUAGCUAAUGCAUUGAAUGUAGCGGUUCUCACACGACGGGAUUUAGCAUCAGCGCCUAUUAACCGUCUACUCAAAUGGUUGGCUGUGGCUGAUGUGUUCGUUAUGAUGGAGUACGUGCCCUUUGCUAUAUAUAGAUAUUUGCUGUUCCCCGGUCAAGUGGACCGGCCCUACUCCUGGGCGGUGUACAUGUUGUUCCACAUGCACUUCACGCAGAUUCUACAUACCGCCUCCAUAUUACUGACGCUGUCGUUGGCCAUCUGGAGAUAUAUCGCUAUCAAGUAUCCUUCACACGGGCCGUCUUUAUGCACAGAGAAACGUUGCUCUAUUGCAAUUAUAAGCAGCUUUUUGCUACCACCCGUACUUUGCAUUCCUUCCUAUUUUGUAUUUACUAUACAUGAAGAUUUUACAUUAGAUCGGUCACCGUCAAAGGUCUACUACGUGGAUUCUAAUUACGACGGAAGUCUAUAUCAGAUCAACUUUUGGGUUCACGCUGUGGUCAUAAAACUACUUCCCUGCGUAAUCUUAACCGUGAUUAGUGCUUGGCUAAUCCGAGUAUUGUAUAGAACUAACAGUCGGAAGAAGGCUCUCAAAGGGUAUAGUGCGUGUCGAGAUACGGUUGUCAAUGGCAACGGAAAUGUGUUCACAAGGAAAACUACUAAGCGCUCAAAAGCCGAGAGAAGGACCGAUCGAACUACGAGAAUGCUUGUCGCUGUACUUCUACUGUUUUUGCUGACUGAAUUUCCUCAAGGAAUUUUGGGAUUAAUGAGUGGGAUGCUGGGACGGUGCUUUUUCAAGUACUGUUACAAUCUCUUCGGGGAACUAAUGGAUGCUCUCGCUCUCCUAAACGGUGCGAUCAACUUCGUGCUCUAUUGUUCUAUGUCAAAGCAAUUUAGAACAACAUUCAGACAAAUUUUGUGGAAUAAAUGUGCGCCCAAAGCUAGAGCCAGCUCGCAUACUGAAUUACAAACAACAUAUGUA